GGAGUUGUCAUGGAGCAUCUCAGCAGAACGUCUGCAUACACUUAUUCUCAAAGUGGGUUUUUGUGCUAUAAACCUGUAAAAAAUCCACACGACUACGAAUGCAUCGAAUGCCCAUCAGGAACAAAUGCUACCAUUUCUGAUGGCAAAAGUAGUAAACUCGGUAUUUGCAAAUUUUGUCCAGCAGGUGGCUGGUAUCAAGAUCAAGCUGGACAAAAAGAAUGCAAAACAUGUGUAAAUGGUACUUAUGUCCAACCGUUUAAGAUACCAGGUCGAAGUCCACGAGAUUGCGCAGUUUGCCCGACGGGAACGAACACCACAGUUCAUGCAGGUUUCAGAGCCUGUCCUUGUCUCGACGGUUACUACAGACUUGACAGAUUCGGUUCUUGCUUUGCAUGUAAUGCCACAUCUGAAGGACUUGCCUGUCAGAAUGACUUUCCUACAGUUAUGAGUGGAUACUGGUGGUCUUGGGAACACUCAAGUAAUCAAGAAAAAUAUGUGCAGUUUGUUAGAGAAAUACAAUUCAGAGAUGACUCGUAUAGCAAUGAAUCGGUUAGUUUUAAGGGAAACUUACCAAUCGUCUAUCGCUGUCCUCUGGCAAAGAGUUGUAAUGGUGGUGUGACAAAUGAAGAAAUGUGUAAGAAGGGAUAUUCCGGUCCGCUCUGUUCUCUAUGCGACAACGGAUAUUUCUUUUGGUCGAGCGAGUGCGUCAAGUGUCCACCCGUUUGGCGCAGUUGUUUGCAACUAGCUUCUAUCGCGUUGCUCUUUGUACUUUUCUUGUUUUUUCUUUUCAAGGUAGACAAACUGGCAAUGAGAGGUAAACGACAAGCGGCUACCGUUGUCGAUCAGAUCGCCUCCAAAGUCAAGAUAAUUGUAGGAUUUGUUCAAGUUAUGGCUGGCGUUCUUUCAGCUCUGCGCUAUGUACCUUGGCCUGAGAUUCUCCUCGCUGCCGGCGCUUGGUUAAAAUCCAUCGAACUGAACGUUAUAGAGAUAGCCACUCCAUCUUGUCUUAGUUCGCGCUUGCGCCUUAACGCUCUGCAAAAGACAAUCGUCAAUCUGACGGGUCAAUGUCUGCUUGUACUAUUGGUCUUCGCAUACUACUGGAUUCGUUAUUGUGCCGUGUCGUAUUGUUGCCCACGCUUGCGAAGUGACGACAGGAGUCGUUCUCUAGCCAGGAGAUCGUGCAUGAGAAACAGCUGGUGGAUUAUGUUUCUCGGUUAUCCAUCCGCGACGGCUCAGAUUAUGUCCACUCUACCAUACAAAGUGUGGACAUGCCAUCAGAUUUGUCAUUACCGUGGUCAGCAGGACUGUCCUUGGUACCUAAAGAUCGACAUGAGUAUAGAAUGCAAUUACUCAUCACAAGGAAAUCACAGAGUUCUCUUUUUAAUUUGCUGGUCUAUGUCUGUCUACGUACUGGUUUUACCUCUACUGCUGCUGUUUUGUCUUUAUAAAAGGCACAAAAUUCCAAGUGAUACUCCGAAUGAUGAUGACGAAUUUAUUCCUCUCCGCAACAGACGAAAUAGUGCUAAAGAUGACAUACUCGACUCUCUGCAGUUUUUGGAUGAAAACUACGAAGCAAAGUUUUGGUUUUGGGAAUUAUUAGAAAUCGCAAGAAAAUUCCUGCUUACAUGUGGAAUCGAGUACUUUGGUGGCAAGAGUCUUUCUGGAGUUGCCAUAGCAGCAAUGAUUGCUAAUGUAUUCCUCGUGCUUCAUGCACACUUCAAACCAAUUAAGCGAAAAUCAGAGCAGCUGCUGCAGCUUCUUUCCCUUACGGUCAUUUCCCUCAGUCUCAUGCUUGGAACUCUAAUUGCUCUGCAAGAUGCGGCCUCUAACAUUCUCGCUGUAGAAGAUUCUUAUGAUCGCAAAGUGUUCUCCAUUGUUGUCAUGCUCGUCAACGCUCUCUUUGUUAUAUUUCUGAUAGGGCGUUUGGUAUUUUGUGGCUAUAAAGCUAGGAAAGCGGUUCGUGAAAACGAAGGUAGUUGCAAGCUUCUACAGUGGCUCAUAUUUUUCGUUACCGACGAAGAUACUCAGACACAAACACGUUUGAGCACACAAUCUUUCGGACAACAUGGAAACGAAAUGUCUGCUUUUGCAGAUGAUGAGCCGGAAGACAAAUGAGAGUACACUACAUGUGUUCCGACUAUAGCAUUGGCUUUUGGCUCUAAUUAUAUUAGACUACGCAGCUGUUAUAGCUUCUUUGAUGUUCGUUGUCCUUAUAGGCGUAUGUUUGCUAUAGAUUAGUAUGAAUAUAUAUGCAUUCUAUAGAGACAGUUGCUAUUAUAUGAUUGCUCUUUAGCACAAAAGUACAACUUUUACAAAUUGGAAUUAUAACCAGCUAACGUGUAUUAUUUGGCCUAAAAAGAUAUUUGAAAACUUUAUAAUUCAUAGAUGAAGGAGAGAGAA